AUGAGGCAGUUGUCCUUCAUCUCAGCCCUCGCUGCCGUCGCAAGCUGCCACAAGAGGCACCUAGGGACACUCCCAGGGCUUCAUCCCCGACAAGUUGAUUCGGAAACUUCAACAGAAACAGCUACUUCUUCUACCGUCGAAAUGAUUAUCGACACCACGACGCAGCAGGAUCCCUGGCCCACCAAUCUGGAGUCUCUCGGAUCUUCCUUGGACAUUAUUACCGUGACCAUUACUCCAACCGAGGCCACCACGACCAUUACUGCCUCCCCCACCCCCGUCAUAGACAGCAACGCCGCCCUGAUCAGCGCCCAGAACGACUACAUAGCCAGGCGCCAGGAGGACGGCUGGAAGAUUGCCGUCAUUGUCGUCUGCACCGUCGGUGUCUUCAUCAUGCUUACCCUCUUCAUCGUCGCCACACGGAACCAGCACAGACCUGACAGAAACGGCAGUGGCGAGGAAGGAAAUAGUACUACAUUCUUCUUUGGCGGUCGCCGUAGCGACAAGAACAGAGAUGAUUCUACCCGCCGAGUCCCGACGCCGUUCCAGCGCCGUGGCCGCCCCGAACAAGCCACAGAAGGCCACAAGGGCUGGGAGCUCAAGAACCUCUGGUCCACAAAGAGCAGCAGCUACCCCAACUCGGGCGUCAUUCUUGACCUGCCUCCCCUGGCGGUGCGGCGCAGCCGCGGUACCACCGUGCUGUCCGACACCGAUACCAUCUCCCCGCUCAACCCCAAGCAGCAGCAGCAGCAGCAGCACCGCGGCAUCCAGGCCUCGACCACCGCCUCCACCGGCUUGACAAUCAUCCCUUCGGGCACGCAAACCACCAUCGUGGCGCCUUUCCAGGACGAGGACGACAGCUGCACGUUCCGCGGCGCGAGCAGCCCUGCCUCUGCAGCCAAGCCGGCGGGGAUGUCGACGCUGGCCCACGACAACUUCAAGGAUUUUGUGUUUCGGGGCGCGACCACCACCGCCACAGACACGGCCGAGGACAACAAGCAAGACAACGACGCCUCGCUUUUGGCCGAUGAGAGCCUGUACAACGAGCAGGGCUUCUACGUCUCGCCCCGCAACCCGCGCACCCAGCCAGCGCCCUCGUACCAGCCGCGCAACCCGGCCCGCGUCUCUCCCGGCGUCGGCGACAAGCGCCCCGAUGCGGCUGCCGGAGAUUUCGUCUUCUCCAACGACGAGCUGGGGCAGGUCCAGGAGCCGCGGGCCGCCAAGAGAGCUCGACGGUCAAACGAGGAGCAUGCCCGGGGAAGCACCGAUGUACCGCAGCCCCGAAGCCAAAGGAGCUCGGGUCAGCAGCAGGUCGGCACCAAGAGCAGCAUCGACGCUGAUCGAGCCUGCCGCGCCUCAGCGGGACAAUCGGUGCGGUCCCAGCCGUCGCGCGCCCCGACUCCCUGUCCCGGCUGCCUCGUGCCCGACCGCAUGGCCCCCCACAGGCAUUCAGCCGACAAGGAUGAACACGCUACUAUUGCUGCGUCCAGCUCGCGUCCUGCCACUGUGACUGGGCUGCAUGCGGCUCAGGCUGAGGCUCCGAGGCCUGCGCGCCAUCGUAUGACGCUGGACUGA